CCGGUGUCGUGCGUGGGCACCGCGGAAAUUAACAUUUAUGGUCGCUGAAGAAACCAGUUUGGUCUAUGUCUGCACAGAGGGAGGAAGCCUGAAGAAGAAUGGCCAGCUCCACUUCUCACCACAUGGUCUGUGGGUCAGUGACAUUUAGGGAUGUGGCUGUUGAGUUCUCUCAGGAGGAGUGGGCCUGCCUGGAUGCUGCUCAGAAGGCCCUGUACAGGGACACGAUGUUGGAGACCUACAGCAACCUCGUGGCAGUGGUGGGAAGCUGCAUUUCUAAGCCCGAUCUGAUCGUCUUACUGGAGCAGCAGAAAGAGCCCUGGAUGGCUGUGAAGGAAGAAACAGACAGGCUGAGCCCAGAUUUGGAGAUGGAUUAUGAUGCUGGAAAUAUAUCUCCAGAAAAUUCUAUUAAUAAUGGAAAAUUUCCCAGACAGAGCAUAAAGCAAUUAAGAAUUCUUGAUCUAGAGGGCUCUACUUUUAGUAAUGGCCCCAACUGUAGUGCAUUCAGUGGACUACAGGGUUAUCAAGAAGGAGAUGCUGAUGAAAAGGUUGCUAACAAGGCAGAAAUGCCUCCUUAUUCCUGCCAGACUCUUGCUCACAACAUAGAAAAGCCAUAUGAAUGUAAGGAGUGUGGGAAGUGCUUUGGUUGUAGGUCAACUCUAACUCAGCAUCAGAGUAUUCACACUGGAGAGAAGCCCUAUGAAUGUAAGGAGUGUGGGAAGGCCUUCAGACUCCCCCAGCAGCUUACAAGACAUCAGAAGUUUCACAGUGGUGAGAGACCUUACAAAUGUAAGGAAUGUGGAAAGGCUUUUCAUCUUCCUGACCUGCUCAAGUACCAUCAGACCAUUCACACAGGUGAAAAACCAUUUGAGUGCAGGGAAUGUGGGAAGUCCUUCAACCGAGUCUCCAACCUGGUCGCACAUAGGAUUAUUCAUGCUGAUGUGAAACCAUACGAAUGUAAUGAGUGUGGGAAAGCUUUUAAACGUCGCUCAAACCUCGUGCAGCAUCAGAAAAUUCAUUCUGAUGAGAGACCCUUUCAGUGCAAGGACUGUGGAAAGGGCUUCAUUGUUCUGGCCCAGCUCACACGGCACCAGAACAUUCACACUGGAGAGAAGUCAUUUGAAUGUCAUGAAUGUGGGAAGGCCUUCAGACUCCCCCAGCAGCUUACAAGACAUCAGAAAUCUCACAGUGGUGAGAAACCUUUCAAAUGUAAUGAAUGUGGAAAGGCUUUUCACCUUCCUGACCUGCUCAAGUACCAUCAGACCAUUCACACAGGCACAAAACCGUUUGAGUGCAGGGACUGUGGGAAGUCCUUCCACCGAGUCUCCAACCUGGUUGAACAUAGGCUUAUUCAUGCAGAUGUGAAGCCACACAAAUGUAACGAGUGUGGGAAAGCCUUUAAACGACACAAAAGCCUCACGCAACAUCAGAAAAUCCAUUCUGGUGAGAGACCCUUUGAGUGCAAGGACUGUGGGAAGGCCUUCAUUGUUCUCACUCAUCUCACACGGCACCAGACUAUUCACACUGGGGAGAAGUCAUUUGAGUGCAAGGAAUGUGGCAAGAAAUUCAGAACUGCCACACACCUGGUUAUGCACCAGACUAUUCAUACUGGCGAGAAACCCUUUGGAUGUAAUGUAUGUGGGAAGGCUUUUCGGCUUCAGGUGUACCUUUCUGAACAUCAGAAAAUUCACAUGGAAGAAAAACACUUUGAAUGCAAUAUAUGUGGGAAGGUCUUUCGGCUUCAGGUGUACCUUUCUGAGCAUCUGAAAACUCACACUGAAGAGAAACCCUUCAAGUGUAAGCUCUGUGGGUCAGCCUUCAGAAGUAAGUACCAGCUCAGUAAACAUCACACAAUCCAUACUGAUGAGAAACCCUAUCAGUGCAAGGAAUGUGGGAAAUGCUUUCGUCAAAGGUCCAAUUUUACUGAUCACCAGAGUAUUCACACUGGAAAGAAACCCUUCCAAUGUAAAGAAUGUGGUAAGUUUUACAGACUUAAUACACUUCUCAUUCGCCAUCAGAAGUCUCACAGUGGUGAGAGACCUUAUGAGUGUAAAGACUGUGGAAAGACUUUUCAUCUUCCCAGUGAGCUUAAUAACCAUCAAAUUGUUCAUACAAGCAAGAGACCUUUUGAAUGCAAGGUAUGUGGGAAGUCCUUCAAGCGCGAAUCCACCCUCAUUCAACAUAGUGUUAUUCAUGCUGGUGUGAAAUCAUAUGAAUGUAAUGAGUGUGGGAAAGCCUUUAUCCAUCGCUCAAGCCUGUUACAUCAUCGGAAAAUUCACUCUGAUGAAAAACCUUUUAAGUGUCAGGAAUGUGGAAAGGCGUUUGUCGUUCUGGCGUAUCUCACUCGGCAUCAGAGCAUCCAUAAUGGAGAGAAACCAUUUGAAUGUCAGCAGUGUGGGUCAGCCUUCAGAUAUAAGUCCCAACUCAGUAAACAUCAGAGAAUUCAUUCUGAUGUGAAACUCUUUCAGUGCAUGGAAGGUGGAAAUGACUUUGUUCAUGGAACAGACCUCAGCAUUCAUCAGGGAAUCCACACUGGUGAGAAUCCCUUUCAAUGUAAUGAAUAUGGAGAACCCUUUGACUAUCAUAACCAAUUUCUUGGACAUAUUAGAAUUCAUACUAGUAGGAAACCCUGUCACUGUAAAGAAUGUGGAAAGAACUUAAGUCUGAGCUCAGACCUUCUUUAACAUAAAGAAUCCAUGCUGGUGUCAAACACUAUGAAUGCAAGGAAUGUGGGAAUAUCUAUAGAAUUAGCUCAAACUCUUCAGAGAAACCACUGAGGUUUGAAACCAUGUGAAUUAGAAGAAUCAGGAAAACUCUUUAUUGUAAAUGUUGAAUUUACACAACAUCAGAAAAUCUGUAAUAGCCGGGAGUCCUAUGCAUUUAAGGAAGGUAGACAAGUCAUUUUAUGAAAAUUUUACUGAACAGAAGGGUGCUCAUAUUGGGAAUACUAUGACUUAAAAUAAUGUGAGAAUUUUAAUCUGUCCUGGAUAUGGUGAACAUUGGUAUAUUCAUAUACUGUUAAUGCCAAUAAACUGUUUGGAAUGCGAAUGCGGGAAGUAGGUUGUUCAGAGAAGAUACUUUGUUCAGAAUUUCAUGUCAGAAAUCCAGGGUAGCAAUCAUGUUCUUGAUUAUUCUCCUCUUGUUAGUUGUAUAAGUUUUAUUCAUCAAUCAAUAGUCAUCCAGGAUAAUCAGUUUAGGGAUAACAGUUAUUGGAACUGAGUACUUGGUUAGUUCCCAUGGUCUGUAAAAGAGCUUUUAAAAUUUUCUCCUUUUAUCAGCUUUAGUAUCAUUGACAUGAGAGGUUAAUUUUAUUUAAGAUAGUUUAGGAAAUUUUCAUGCUUUUACUCACUAUAACAUUUUAAAUAACUUUAAAUGAAUACAUCUAUGGAUGAACAUUGAAGGAUUUGAAUUGUUCCCCGUUCCUUAAGUAUUUGUGUGGACAUUUUAAAAAGCACAGUCAUUUAUGAAUAAGUACUUUCUAAAGGGGUGAAACCCAUAAAAAUUUCAAAUGUAAUACCCUUCUGCCCACAUGUAAACAUAAAGUAUACAUUUUUGAUAGGACAAGAAAGUCCUCGGAUCCGAUCUACCAUCUCUUAUUCUUGCUGAGGCCAUUUCAGGUUUGACUAGAAUUUCCUUGAUGGAUAAAUAUUGUAGAAAAUUGUCCAACUCUAGUUAGAAACUGGAGUUUUAAUUAGCCUCUGCUAAUUUAGCCUGGCUUCUGUUAAGAGCCCAGUGUGUUUAAACCUCUCCCUCCAGCCAUCUUCUUAUUUUUGGCUAAUUUUAAACUAUCUGCUUGUCCAAAAGCUUCCUCUGUAGCUCUUGAACAAAAUGAUAGGAUAUGGGUUUCCUCUAAAUGCUGGGGCUAUUCUUGGGUUCCAAAUACAUGAAUGUACUCAGAAAUGGCUGGAAUAAAGACUUUUCAUUUUGAAGCAAACUGUGAUAGAAUGAUCUUUUUUUGUGGGCUCCCUAUAACACAUUAACAAAUAUAGCCAAAUUGAAACCACUUAUAAAAAUAUAUGUGUGAAUUUUUUGUUUUUGUUUUUGUUUAUUGAGACAGGGUAUCUCUGUAUAGCCCUGGCUGUCCUGGAAUCACUCUGUAGACCAGGCUGGCCUCAAACUCAGAAAUCUGCCUACCUCUGCCUCCCAAGUGCUGGGAUAAAAGGCAUACGCCACCACUGCCCAGCUAUGUGUGAAAUUUUUUAUCCAUAUGAAAAACUUGGAAUUGUCAACAACAUACAUCUUUAUCCUCAACUAGAUUGAAAAUUGUCAGCAAUUUACAAGAUUGAUCAUGUUUUUCUGUAUUUAUAGAUAUUUGAGGCUGUACCAUUAAGAAUGUUUUCGAGUUGGGAGUGGAAAUGCAUGUUCAAAUCCUAAGUAAGUGUAAAGCUAAGAGAGGAGGAUCAAGAGUUGGAUGCAAAUCUAGCUAUAUACUGACUUUAAGUCCAACUGUGGCAGUAUUGAGACCUCUUAUCAAAUAAAUAAAAGUUGUAGACAUGGCAUUUUAUCCCUUACUACAACACCCAAGAUGGAAUGUUACCUAUACUACAGAAUCAUAAAUAUUCUGAAGGAAAUAAAUGAUUCAGAAUUUUAUGACAUUAGAAGUUUGUCAUUGGCUUCCAAACUCCUUUUUUUCCCAAAUGUAUAUAUCCUGAGGAGAAUCUUGUAUAGAUAGAAAUUUGGCCUUGCUCUAUUUUAUAUUAAGUUUUCAGUGUUUAUUUAACCUAGGGUGUUGUGCACAGUAGGAAUGUGUUCAGUUACCCCCCUAUAUUACCAGUCUUUAGUUACUUUAUCUUCUAUCCAAGGACAAUUAGAUUCAAAUGAUUGAAAUAUUUUGGGUAAAAACACAUUGUAGUUGUAUGUCCUGCCUCAACAUGUCUAGAAGCAUUUAUGUGUCAGCUAUAAUAUUACUGAUGAAAUUAUGGUUGGUCAUUUGGAUAAAAUGGUGGGUGC